AUGGGUUCGUCCAAAAGAUCACCCAACAGAAUUUUUGUCCUUCUUGGUGGUGUACUGAACUUCAUCGGUCUGGGAUACUACUCCACCGUCAGUUCAUUCAUUCCCACAAUUACGAUUUACUUGAUGAGGCAUAACUUUGGAGAAAAUUCAGUUAACGCCAAUUGGUUUCCAACUCUUAUUUUGCUUACAUCAGCUGCCAUUAUGCCGCUGGCAGGAAUAUUGGAGCGUCGAACAAUAUUCAAGGUUCCACUGCUCUUGUCGGCAUUGUUUUGCUCGCUUGGAAUUUUGCUAUCGCAUUUGAGUGUCAAAUCAGGAUACGCCUUCUUUACACUCACCUACUGUGUGAUGUAUGGUAUCGGCUUCGGUUUGAAUUUCCCCAUCACACCCUCAGUGGUUAUUGAGUGGUUUCCCAACCACCAAUGCUUGGCAUGCGGCUCAGUCUUCUCCGGUUUUGGCGUGGGGUCCAUCUUCUUUUCUCAACUUCAAGCUUAUAUCGUUAAACCUCAUGGAUGUAAUUUCAAAUCUGUGUAA